GUUCAUCCUUGCUUGUCUCUGCAAGGCACUGUCAACAAAGAGGAAAAAACAAACGGGAAUCAGCAAGGGAGCUGUGAGGUCAAGCUGUCUGUUCCAGGGGCGUAUCAGAAGCAGUUGUGUAUUCCUUGGAGACCAGAUGAUGAUGAGGAUUAUGGAACCCCAUUCAUCUUUCACGUGGAUAAAGAAAUGUGUCCAGAACUGCAAGUGGAGCUAGAGCAAACCUUAUCUGUCCUGCAGGAUGGUGUGAAUCCUGAUAUUGAAAAGCAUACUACAGUUCUGGGAUUGGGGACUGUACCAGUUAAUUCCCUUCCUAUUGGACAAAAAGUUGAUAGAAUUGUUUCUCUGGGAGAGGGACGGAGUUUGGAUAUGAGUUUGAAAACUGAAGAGAGCACUUGGGAUCUUGAUUUACGUCUGGGUUUUGACCUCUGUAAAGAGGAGAGAGAAUUUUUGGACAAAAGGAAGAAAAUAGUUGCUGAGGCACUGAGGAAAACUCUUCAAUUAAAAGAAUCCCCUCCAAAAGAUGAGGUUCCAGUUGUAGCGGUACUGGGGUCUGGAGGUGGGAUGAGAGCACUGACAUCGUUCUAUGGAAGUCUUGCAGGGCUGCAGCAGCUGGGCCUUUUGGAUGCUGCAAUAUAUCUGUGUGGGAUUUCUGGCUCAACUUGGUGCUUAUCGACAUUGUAUCAAGACCCUGACUGGUCACAGAAAGAUCUUCAAGAUGCAAUUGAAAAUGCUCAGGAUACUGUGUCCAGCAGCAAAGCAGGGGCAUUUUCCCCAGAACGACUGAAAUACUACUUCCAGGAGCUGCAAGCAAUGGAGAUGAGUGGACGGAAGGUUUCCUUUACAGAUUUGUGGGGCCUUAUUGUGGAAUAUUUCCUACAACAGAAGGAAGAUCCAUCAAAGCUAUCUGAUCAUCAAGCAGCAGUGAAAUGGGCCCAGAACCCCUAUCCUAUCUAUGCAGCUGUCAAUGUGAGACCCAAUAUUAGCAGCGGUGACUUUGCAGAAUGGUGCGAGUUCACUCCCUUUGAAGUUGGAUUUCGCAAAUAUGGAGCUUUUGUCCGAACAGAGGACUUCGACAGCGAGUUCUUCAUGGGUCGGCUUGUCCAGAAACGUCCAGAGCCGAGGAUUUGUUUUCUACAAGGAAUGUGGGGCAGUGCCUUUGCUGCAAGCUUGGAUGAUAUCUGCCUGAAGGUGGUUGGUAUAGGACUGGGCUUUCUGGAUUCAUUCAAAGAUGUUAUCAAAGUUGUAGAUGACUGCCGAAGAUUCCACUUCCAAGAUCCAACACGACUGAAGACUCGCUUGGUUAUACCUGGGGGCCCCUUGUUACAAAUUUUUCAGGAUUUCUUCAAGUCCCGGCUCACAUGUGGAGAAACCUUCAACUUCAUGCAGGGAUUGUAUCUUCAUAAAGAUUAUGUUAACAUAAAGAAAUUUGUGGCUUGGAGAGGCACUCAUCUGGAUGCAUUUCCCAACCAGCUGACCCCCAUGGAAGAAAGCCUGUAUUUAGUGGAUGGUGGCUUUUCAAUCAACUCUCCCUUUCCUUUGGUACUUGAGCCAGAGAGGGAUGUGGAUGUUAUCUUGUCAUUCAAUUUUUCCUGGGAAGCUCCUUUUGAGGUAAGACAUGUAGCUGAGCAUUAUGACAUGAAUAUGAAAACACAGACUGAUAUUCACAAUGUCAGCAGAUCAGUUGAUAUUGACUACAAACACUAA